GUGUGAUCAUUUUAAAACCCGCAGUUUUGCAACCCAACUAAGCAGCAACCCAGAUUGUUACAGUGUAUGACUCUUUUCAGUUUGUGUCAUUCUCUCAACCAACAAAGCUGGCUAAUCCAUGGCCGGGUGAAGCUCUCGUGCAAGAUGCGGCACGCGACAGCUCAGCAGCUGGAAAUCAGUUUGAGAGCACAUUACCCAAAAUUUGUUGCAGCCCAGAGAGGGGAGAGCAUUCAUAUCCCCUCAACCCUUUAAAGAGCACCGAAGAACCGGAGGAGCCACUGUUCAUAGAUUUUAAGAGCUUAGAUUCUAAAGUGAUCGACUCAAUGAAUUCUUGCGACAGAUCACAAAACAUGGAGAGUAAUGGCCACCUCUCAACACAGGAAUUUGUAUGUAUUGACAGCAACGCAUGUGCUGAUGGUAGCAGUGUCUUUGUGCAUGUUGGAAAAUCUCCAAGAGGAGUUUAUCGCAGCUCAGAUGACACGGAAGCACAAAGGCGUGACGGGACUCCCCCAAUAACCUUGGAAACAGGGACACAAACAGGAGCUUUAUCCUACCGAGAUGUCUCGGUUCAGUGCUCACUUAUUCAUCUCCCUUUCCCCUCUGCUAAUAAGAAAACCAGCACCUUUACCACAAGGUGUCAGUAUUCUCAUUUUAAUCCAACAACACAUACUUCUCCAAAAAAUGGGCACAAAAGAACAGGAAGCAUGCCCUCAGGGGCAUCAGCAACAAAGCAGCAGGCACAGAGAAAUCCAAAAUCACAAAUGGGCUUCUCCUUCCGCAAGCUUCAUAGUCAGAAGAGCAUGAAAAGAGAUCUGACGUCAGCUGCGAAACAUCCUUUCUGCAACGCCUCGGAACAGAAAAAAGAGGAAAGCAGGAAGAAAAUAGACAAGUGUGACUACCCUCGGUUGGGAAAUGUGACGCGAAACCCUGUUAAGGACAUCAGGCAUGCAGGAGCGAUUGUGAAAGAGAUGAAGAGGUGAAGAACUUCACAGCAGAGAAAGGUG